AUGCAGGCACUCGGCAAUCGCGCAGUACUGGCAAUCGGCCGGUCAGUCGUUCGUCCACACUGCAACGGAGCAUCUCGGGGUCUCGCAACUGUCGCGCCCGCCACGACCACAUCGCGGAACCACAAGAUUGUCGUCGUAGGCAGCGGCUCGGCCGGCAUCGCAGUCAGUCAUCAACUCCUGAAUCGAGGCAGAUUCGCCAAAGACGACAUCGCGAUCGUCGAUCCAGCUACCUGGCAUGAUUAUCAGCCCGGUUGGACCCUUGUAGGAGGCGGAUUGAAAAGCAAGAGCGACUUAAGAAGACCCAUCCAUGGCCUUAUCGAACCAAGGCUCAAGUUCUACAACAAGAGAGUCCUUUCAAUCAGCCCAGAAGAAAACUACUUAUCACUAGGAGAUGGGGACAGGAUCGACUACGAGCAACUUGUACUUGCUCCAGGCAUUACAAUCGACUACAACAGUGUGAAAGGCCUUCCAGAAGCCAUCGCUGAUCCCGACAGCAUGGUAGCCUCCAUCUAUAGCUUUGACCACUGCGAUAAAGUCUACCAAAAUAUUCAACGCAUGAAGAAAGGCACGGCUAUUUUCACACAGCCAGCCGGCGUUGUGAAAUGCGCUGGCGCGCCUCAAAAGAUCAUGUGGCUCGCACUCGAUUACUGGAGGCAAGCGCACCUGUAUAAUGUCGGACCCAGUCAAUCAGCAAUUGAUGUCACUUUUGCUACUGGUCUGCCGACCAUGUUCGGUGUGCCAAAAUACAGUCACGAGCUCAAUAGACUGCGGGAGAAGAGAGGGGUCGAGGGACUUUUUGGGCACAACCUCGUCUCGAUAGACGGUAACACUGCUACGUUCGAUCACGCUGGCAAGCAGAUCCAGCGCCAUUUCGACUUUCUCCACGCAUCGCCCAGAAACGUGCCACACGCGUUCAUCAAAGAGAGCGGCCUGGGCAACGAGGCGGGUUUCGUGGAUGUCAACCAGCACACUUUGCGUCAUACAACCUACAACAACGUCUGGGCACUCGGCGACGCCGCGGCACUGCCUACAUCGAAAACAAUGGCCGCGGUAACGUCCCAGGCACCCGUCCUUACACAGAAUCUCAUGCUAGCUCUCGAAGGGAAAAAGCCCGCCAUGGAAUACGAUGGCUACACAUCGUGCCCGCUCUUGACGGGAGAGAAGAAGGUGAUUCUCGCAGAGUUCAAAUACGGCAAUGAACCCAAGGAAACCUUCAACAAAUGGCUCGGUAUUGACCAGGGGGUUCCGCGCCGCGCAUUCUAUCAUUUGAAAAAGGAUUUCUUCCCGUGGGUUUACCGACUCCAUGUGAAGGGCCACUGGGGCGGACCAAAGGGUUAUAUCAGGUAG